GCCUGUGCACAGUGUUCGACGAGUCCGUGAGCGGAUAAAUCUGUGAUAAUCGAUCGUUAUUAUUACUAUAAUUUAUUAGUAAUAAUAUAAUAAGAUGAUGGCCGUGAAUUUCGUGUUUCUGGCUACCGCAGCAUCUUGCAUGCUCCUUACAUUUGUAUACGGUCAACAGGCGCCGAUCCAACUCGACAAUAUAUGCUUAGGCUGCAUCUGCGAGGCCUCCUCCGGAUGUAAUCAAACUUUGGCAUGCGACGGCGACGUCUGCGGACCGUUCCGUAUCACCUGGGCAUUUUGGUCAGACGCCGGCAAACCGACUCUCAACGGAGAACCCAGCACUAAUGCUGGAGCUUAUCCCCGAUGUGCCAACGACGCAUUCUGCGCAGGUGCUAUUAUUCAAGGCUACAUGCAAAAAUUCGCACAGGAUUGCAAUGGAGAUGCAGUGAUUGACUGCAAGGAUUUCGCCCGCAUUCAUCGCUUAGGCGCAUACGGUUGUCACGGAGGCCUGGAUACUAAGUACGAAAAUGCUUUCAACUCAUGUCUCCGUACUUAUGGAUAGAUAUUAUAACAGUAUAACUAUCGCACAUUUGUAAACAGCGAAGACAUCAUAAUCCACAAUUUAUUCAUCAUUAACGAACAUUUAAUAAACGAACCAUAAAAAUAA